AUGAAACUGACCAAGAUCCAUCGAGUUUUGGCCUUUGAACAAAGCCCAUGGUUAAAGGCCUACAUCGAUUUCAAUACAGACAGACGCAAAUGUGCCCAAAACGAUUUUGAAAAAGAGUUCUUCAAACUGAUGAACAACUCUGUCUUUGGCAAGACGAUGGAGAACCUGAGGAAGCACGUGGACGUGAAAUUGGUUAACAAUUCAAAACGCGCUCGCAAGUUCAUUGCCAAACCCACUUUUCAUGCCUUUCGCAUUUUCAACAAAGAUCUGGUGGCCAUCCACAUGCAGAAGCAACGGCUGAUUUUGAACAGACCGAUCUAUGUGGGUUUCGCCAUUCUAGAAAUUUCGAAAAUCUUAAUGUAUGAUUUUCACUAUAACUACAUCAAGACCAAGUAUGCAUCCAAAGCUCAACUCCUGUUCACAGACACCGAUUCGUUGUGUUACUACAUCCAGACAGAUGACAUCUACCAAGAUAUGUUACAGGACUCCGAUCUGUUUGACACUUCAGAGUACCCCACUGACCAUGUUCUGUAUAGUACCGUGAACAAGAAAGUAUUGGGUAAAAUGAAGGAUGAGACUCAUGCAAUCCCUAUCCAGGAGUUUGUGGGUUUGAAAUCUAAAAUGUAUUCCCUCAUUUUUAAGGAGAAAGGUGAGCUGGUGGAAAAGAAAACGGCCAAAGGGAUCAAGAAGAGUGUCACCAAAAGCCACACAAAGCAUGAACAUUACAAACAGUGUCUCUUUGAAAGACACAUACACAUGUCAAACAUGACUCGGAUCAGGAGCUAUGGCCACCAACUGUACAACAUCAAACUGAAUAAGUUAGAACUAUCUCCCUUUGAUGACAAAAGGUAUCUAUUGUCUGAUGGUAUAAGCAGUCUUGCCUAUGGCCACCAUCACAUCUUUGGACCACCAGCUAGUUUAGACUAA